AUGAGGGGUUCCGAUUUGGUCGAGGCGAUUGGAGGAAGCACAAGGAACAUGGAUGGCGUACAAAUGCUGAAAUUUGUCACGGGGACAUUAUUUCUGGGUGUCGACGGUGGGAAAGCGUACCGCGUUACUUUUGCGAGUAUGGGAGGUGCCCUUAGGAGUUUUCUGAUGAUUGCGGAUAAAAUGAAUUGA